AUGAGAGAAGAAGAAGGAGAAGGAGAAGGAGAAGGUGGAAAUUGGGAAGUUGAAAUCGUCGGCACGCCUUUAGAUUUGAACGAGUGCGUGCAAAUUGUAUCGGACGAUCGCGCCGGGGCGAUAUCCAGUUUUGUCGGCGUCACCCGAAACACGUUCGAUGGAAAAAGCGUCUCAAAAUUGGAAUACGAAUGUUACACCCCUAUGGCUUUGAAGAAACUCAACGAGUUGUGUGCGAUGGCGUUCAGAAAAUGGAACGGCGAUGAUCGGUGCGAUAAGAGUAACACCAGAGAUAGUCACGAUAGCGAAAACGUCAAGAUUGUGAGGAGAGCGUCGAGUUGCGAGGUUGAGGAUAAAAACGAGACAGUUAGGGGAAUGGGAGGGGUUGGCGAAAAGAACAACGACAAAACGAGCACGAGUAGUAAAAAACAAACCGACGAAGGACUCUUGAAAAUAGUAAUCAAACAUCGGACUGGAACGGUACUUGUUGGCGAACCGAGCGUUAUAAUUGCGGUUUCAUCAGCGCAUCGCGAGGCUUCCUUGGACGCAGUUAAAUGGUUGAUUGAUGAACUGAAAGCGACGGUGCCGAUUUGGAAAAAGGAGUUUUUCGAGGAUGGCGAAGUGUGGAAAGAAAAUAGCGAGCAACGUUUGAAACCUUCUAAAAACAGAGGGUAUGCCAAAGCAUACACCAAUUGA